GCACUUGCAUGGAGGAGGUAUGUGACGGUCUUCAUUUUUUUCUGCUCUGUACUGAAAAUCGUCUUCAGUGUUACUCAUUACUCUAUUCCGGAAGAAAUGGAGGAAGGAUCCGUUGUUGCAAAUUUAGCGAAUGAUUUAGGAUUGGAUGUGAAGAGUUUGGCGAAAAGGAAGGUUCGAUUAGAUUUAAUUGCUAAUAAAAAAUAUUUAGACUUAAACAAAGAGAAGGGGGAUCUAUUUAUUUUGGAAAAGAUUGACCGGGAAUACUUGUGUGCUGCUAAAACGACUUGUUUUCUGAAAAUGGAAGUUACUGUUGAGAACCCAGUAAGAAUAUUUUAUAUAGAAUUAGAAAUCACCGAUAUAAAUGAUAAUGCUCCACAUUUUAGGAGAGACACAAUAAAUUUAGACAUAUCGGAGUCGACACCAGCAGGUGAAAGAUUCUCAGUAAAUAAUGCAGUGGACCCUGACGUUGGUUCUAACUCAGUAAAAACCUACUACCUAAGCGAAAAUGAGCACUUCGACAUAGAGAUACAUUCCGGGCGGGACGGUUCUAAAUUUGCAGAUUUGAUUCUGAAAAAGUCUUUAGACAGAGAGACGCAGAGUGUACAUAAUCUGAUACUUACAGCAGUAGAUGGCGGGGUUCCCGCUCGCUCAGGCACAGCCAGCAUCAUUGUUCGCGUGCUUGAUACUAACGAUAACGCCCCUCGAUUCGACAAGGAAAACUACACCAUAAGUGUAUCAGAGAAUUCUCCUAUUGGAAGUCUUGUUGUGAAACUAAAUGCCACAGACUUAGACGACGGCGCAAAUGCAGAUGUAAAAUAUUCAUUUAGUCUGUAUACAUCAGAAAAAACACAAGCUACGUUCUCUUUGGAUCCAGAUAGAGGUGAGAUAAGGGUUAAGGAAGUAAUAAAUUAUGAAGACUUUCGGAUUUAUGAUAUGGAGGUAAUAGCAACAGAUAAAGGGUCUAAUUCUUUAUCUGGCCAGUGUAAGUUAACAGUUGUAAUAACAGAUAUGAAUGAUAAUCACCCAGAGAUCUCAAUAAAGUCAUUUCAAAGCACAGUGAAGGAGGACGUAGCUGUAAAUACGGUGAUUGCUGUCGUCAGUGUAAGUGAUAAAGAUUCUGGAGAAAAUGGGCAAGUGGACAUUAGUAUUUCUGACCAACUACCUUUUGCUCUGAAAGAAUCCACUGACAGCUAUUACGAACUCAUAGUUGCAAAACCAUUGGACCGUGAGAAAGUUCCAGAAUAUGAUAUCACUAUUACCGUUGCAGACAGAGGUAUCCCUCCGCUUUCUGAUAAUGAAACACUUACAUUACAGUUGUUAGACAUAAACGACAAUAUGCCACAGUUUCCUCAGGCUUUCUACACUAUACCUGUGAUGGAAAAUAACGCGCCAGGAGCGUUGUUGAGUUCACUCACUGCUUUUGACCCAGAUCUCCAUGAAAAUCAGUAUCUCGUAUAUUUUAUCAUCGAAAAGGAAAUAGUGAACACGUCCAUGUCCAUGCUGUUUUCCAUUAACCCAGAGAACGGUAAUCUUUACGCACUUAAGGCAUUUGAUUAUGAAAUAGAGAAUGAGUUCCUUUUUCAUGUCGAGGCCAGAGACACUGGUGUUCCGCCUCUUAGUAGUAACGUGACCGUUCACAUUAUUGUUAUGGACCAGAACGACAACACACCACUCAUAGUAUCUCCUUGGCGCUCACACGGCUCCGUGGUAGAAGAAAAGAUUCCCAGAUCAACAGAUAAAGGAACUCUGAUAGCAAAAGUGAUCGCCAUUGACGUGGACUCCCUCCAGAACUCACGGAUUACUUAUCAGUUUCUCCAGAAUACAGACGCUUCGUUAUUCAGUCUGGACCAAUACAACGGUGAAAUUCGUACUAUGAGAAUGUUCAGUUAUAGAGAUGCGCGUCACCAGCGGUUGGUGGUGAUUGCCAAGGACAAUGGAGAACCCGCGCUUUCUGCUACAGUCACCAUCAAACUGUCCACAGUGGAGACUGCACUUAAAGCCUAUUCCGACAUUUCGGAGAUCCCUUUAGAGUAUGACAUCUUUUCAGAUUUGAAUCUGUAUUUGGUGAUCGGAUUGGGCUCGGUAUCGUUUCUGUUACUCAUCACUAUAUUGGUGACUAUUGUGCUGAAGUGUCAAAAACCAAAGCCCAGCAAAGCUGCUGCUCCCUGCAGGAACAGUGUCAUCAGUGAGAGGAACUCUACCAUUGCAGAUUCCACCCUGGUCUCCAACGAUGCAUACUGGUACAGUUUGUUUCUGGCAGAGACAAGGAAGGGCAAGUUAGUAGUGAGACAGCCUGUGCCAAAGGGGGCGAGGUAUAUUGUGUCCAGCAUUCCAAGGAGCACAGGACUAACUGAGACUAGUGAUUCUGCUGCUUCCACACUACAGGUAAGACACUUUUAG